CACUUCCCUUUACAAACAGACAUUUUUAUCAUUCCUGUUGACGGGAAACGGCCCCGCUGUCUGACCGUGGAAACCGAAAACUCAUCUCUAAACAAAUCGAGCAGAGCUGCUUUGUUAACCGAAGAGAACCCGGAAUCAAAAUGUUCUACACGUGUGGACCCAAUGAAGCCAUGGUGGUGUCUGGCUUUGGCCGUUCACCUCCUUUAAUGAUUGCUGGAGGAAGAGUGUUUGUCCUCCCAUGUAUUCAGCAAAUCCAGAGAAUCACGCUGAACACCCUGACUCUAAACGUGAAGAGUGACAAAGUCUACACCCGACAUGGUGUCCCAAUCUCUGUCACUGGCAUUGCACAGGUGAAGAUCCAGGGCCAGAAUAAGGAGAUGUUGGCCACUGCCUGCCAGAUGUUUAUGGGCAAAGCUGAGCCUGAGAUCGCCCAGAUCGCUCUUGAAACCCUGGAGGGACACCAGAGAGCCAUCAUCGCCCAUUUGACCGUGGAGGAGAUCUACCAGGACCGUAAGAAGUUCUCUGAGCAGGUGUUCAAGGUGGCCUCCUCUGACCUGGUCAACAUGGGGAUCGGUGUUGUCAGCUACACGCUCAAAGAUGUUCAUGAUGAUCAGGAUUACCUUCACUCUCUGGGUAAAGCCAGAACAGCCCAGGUGCAGAAGGAUGCCAGGAUUGGAGAGGCUCAGUACAAACGAGAUUCUGUCAUGAGGGAAGCCAACGCGAUGCAGGAGAAGGUUUCAGCUCAGUACAAGAAUGAGAUUGAGAUGGCAAAAGCCCAGAGAGACUACGAGCUGAAGAAGGCAGCGUACGAUGUUGAGGUCAACACCAAGAAGGCUGAGUCCGAAAUGGCCUAUCAGCUGCAGGUUGCCAAGACCAAGCAGCGUAUCGAGGAAGAGAAGAUGCAGAUUCAAGUGGUGGAGAGGUCCCAGCAGAUCAUGCUGCAGGAGCAGGAGAUCGUGCGCAAGGAGAAGGAGCUGGAGGCCAAAGUGAAGAAGCCUGCAGAGGCAGAGAAAUACCGUCUGGAAAGGCUUGCUGAGGCCCAGCGCCUGCAGCUUAUCAUGGAGGCUGAAGCUGAGGCUGAGUCCAUUAGAAUGAAGGGCGAGGCUGAGGCUUUCGCUCUGGAGGCUAAGGGCCGUGCCGAGGCAGAGCAGAUGUCUAAGAAAGCAGAAGCCUUCAAGCAGUACAAAGAUGGAGCCAUGGUGGACAUGCUGCUGGAGAAACUGCCACUGAUGGCAGAGGAGAUCAGCAAGCCCCUCUCAGCGGCCCAGAAGAUCACCAUGGUGUCCAGCGGUGGCUCAGAGGUGGGAGCAGCUAAACUGGCAGGAGAGGUGCUGGAUAUCAUGACCAGGCUGCCUAACGCUGUGGAGAAACUCACUGGAAUUGACAUCUCCCAGGCUGCAGGAAGGGGGCAUUAAAAUACUAGGAGUGAAGAAGUCAUCAGAGGUGUCAUCAAUGUUCAGACCCGGAGCUCCAGGUCUACUCCUUGUGCCUAUAACCACUAUAACGACUCUACAACAUCAUAGUCCUGUCCGAUUGUCCUUGUGCAUGCAUAUGUUUCACUUGUGGGUCUUUAUUUGGUUCCUGCUCCAUAGAUGUGUACAGGAUUAUUGGUUCCACUCUCAUGGUUUGGUUUUCACUUCCCUGGUCUGAAUUGUUGUGUUUUCUGUGGCAGAAACGUCUGGCAUGGAAACAGUUUUGAUGACACUAGUUUUUACGCCAAAACAGAAAACCUCUGCCCACUCUAGCCUGGGAUAGUUCAGUGAAAGAUACUGUAUCUUACUUCAAUCAGCUCAGUUUCCCCUGCAUGGGACUGGGUCACUGUCAGCUGUCAUUUAUUCUUCUUUUUAACGUAGAGAUGUUUAUGGCUGUUGAGCUUCUGAAAGCUUUUGUGCCUCUUGUUCCAGUAAGCGGUGCUGAGUCUUUUGUAUUAGCAUCAUCUUCUAGCUUUGUGUGUGGACAUAUCGUUGCUAUCAUUUCACUUAUAAAGUAUUUACUACUAAAAA